AUGGCAGCCCAAUUUUUUCACCAACCUUCGACAGACCCAGUCUUCGUGUGUAAGACAUACGAGUACGUUAUUAGACCGAGAGAGGCCUUACGACAUCUACAAUCGGCGAACCAUCGACUUCCACUACAAUGGCGCCAGGAGAGCAAUGGCACCGAUACCGAUCAUGACUGCGAUGAUUGUACUUUGGGGCCUAUGAAGUUGCAGCUUGAGUCUCCCUUGGGAUAUGACGAAGACUGGGCUUCGGAAUUUGCCUCAAUGACCUCGAGCUGCGGCGUCACAGGUUACGAAUAUACAUCGCCUGCGGCAUAUGCAUCAAGCACUUCUAUCGCUACCACCACCACAGGGUCUACGAUUGCCAGUACAACUGCCACUAGCGGAACUGCUACAGAGAGUUGUUCAUCCACAUAUACGGUGCAGUUGAAUGAUACCUGUAAUUCGAUUGCGGCCAGUCAGAACAUCUUGACCUAUAACUUGAUGCUUGCCAACUCUAUCACCAUCCUUUGCUCUAACUUACCUGAGGAGGGUGAAGAGGUUUAUAUUCCAGCUCUUUGCAGCACUACAACUCUGCAGCAUGGAGACUCCUGUGACGAUUACGAAUCUUCCUGGGGCGUUAGCUUGGCCAAAAUUCUUGCGUGGAACCCCAUUAUCUCUUCUUCAUGUGAUAAUCUCGAUCUGUUUGUGGGUUGGAGUCUUUGUACUGGACCUACAGAUGACUGGGCUCCAGCCACAACGGCCGCGGUGACCACAACCAUAGGAACGGCUGUAGCCAUGCCCACGAAUGGCAUGUCAUCUUCGAAUCAAAAUUGCGCCAAGUGGUAUACGAUUGGGACAGAUGACGACUGUGCAACAGUCUCCCUCGCCGAAGGAAUUAGCACCGACGAAUUCCUCUUUCUCAACCCAGAGGUUUGGUCAAAUUGUACUAAUCUCUGGGUCAACUACGCUUACUGCGUGGAAGCGGUAGGCGACGUCAGUACUUACUCUGGAUGGACAGAAACUGCGACAACAACCGUCUUCACCAAGCCCACAACCACAACAUGGACUGUUGGUCCUACAUAUACAUUGGCCCAUGCACCGGGAACCGAAACUGAUUGUGAAGUAUACCGCGAGCCAUACAAUGCAACAGUCAAUCCGAUGAAGUCUUUGGGUAUAAGUACAGACUACAUGUUGAACAUGACCACUGAUUUCAGCGCAUGCUCGUACUAUGCCGACCAAUUUCAGGUCACCGUUGACGAGAUAGUGACCUGGAAUCCAAGCCUUGAUGCAGAGAAUUGCACACUCGAGGCGGCAUACAGCUACUGUGUAUUGAUAUCGUAUGAUUACAUCUCGAGCAGGAACAGCAAUGAAACAGAAGAUGCUAGCAACUGUCUUUCCGUGAACUCAACGUGGAUUAUGGAUGGCACCGCGACCAACUGUGAAUGCUAUACUAUAAUUUAUGGGAAGCAGGCAGAUGGCUUGGAUUGUGAUAUGCUGGUUGAGACAGACUCCUCUGACCCCUUCACUCUCGACGAAGCCAAACUCGUUCUUCUCAACCCUUGGAUUGGUACAGGCGACUGUACAACCGGUCUUUUCUCAAACCUGACAGGUGAAGAGGUCCGGGCGGUCUGUCUCGCCACUGAGCUCUCUACUCCCAGCACAGCGGUAGCCACCAGUACGCCGACUGACUCUGGAACAAGCACAAACACUCUGACGACAACAACAUCCGCCUCAAGCCCAACGGUCGCUGCGCAACCAGGCAUCAUUGAUACAUGUGAUGAGUGGCAUGAGGUUGUGAGUGGAGAUACGUGCCAGAGCAUUGCAGACGACGCUGGAAUUUCCUUGGAUACUUUCUAUGAAUGGAACCCCGAGGUUGGAAGUGAUUGUUCUUCAAUGUGGCUGGGGUAUGGGGUUUGUGUGGGAGUGUCUUCUUAG